UUCCGUGUGCGAAAAAUGUUGAUAUUUUCGAAAACAAGUUUCUUGCUGUUUCUUGUUGCAAUUAAAAUUGGGUGUGCAGAAAGUAAAUUUAAAAUGACAAAUGUAAAAUGUCACUCGCCGGACGAAUUGUUUGCCAAAUUCAAAACGUGUCGCCUGAAAGCCGUAAGACGAAACACCAAUGAGUUAUCGAUUUACGUAAAGUUGCUGCAAGUGCCUAUCAAUAAUGUGAAGAUAUUUUUACAACUGAAGAAGCGAAAUGACUAUCGCAGUCGUCCGAUUUAUGAGUAUAACAUUGACGGUUGCGCUUUCCUUCGCAACAAACGUCGCAAUCCGUUGGCUGACAUUUUCUACAAUUUUUUGGGUCUUAAAAGUCACAGUAAUGCAAAUCACUCUUGUCCUUAUGAUCACGAUAUUAUUUUAGAUCGAUUUUUUAUCGAUGAUAAAUUGUCCAGUUUUAUACCAUUGCCCCUUGGAUCUUAUGAAAUACAAACCCGUUGGGAAACUGAUGGUGUAAAGCGAGCUGAUGUAGAUUUUGUAAUUGAGUCAUACGACUAA